GCUCCAGCCUGCCCACCCCCCACCCCAGGUCCCUUUCCUGCAGAAAUUUGGGGGCCCUGGGUACCCUACAUUGUUCCCAAACUUUGUUUGGCUUCUAGCAACCUCUCCUAAAAGUGGAGAUGGGCAGCCCUCUUGUAGAGCACCAAAAAGCCUGGGUUCUAGGGACAGAGGCCUGAGCUGUGCCCCCACCCUCCAGGGAGGGCCCUUCAUGCAAUGGCUGCAGGGAGCAGUCACGUGUGGCCCCUUCAUUAGACCCUGCCAUAUAAGACAAGGGCAGGGGGUGGCUAGGAACUCUCCCAGCCAGGACCCAGCAAGUAGAGGCCAUGCUGACCGCAGUGCUGCUGAGCUGUGCCCUGCUGCUGGCACCACCUGCUGUGCAGGGGGCCCAGAUGGGCUUGGCUCCCCUGGAGGGCAUCAGAAGGCCUGACCAGGCCCUGUUCCCAGACCUCCCAGGCCUGGGCCUGCUACCCCCACUAAAGAGGACAACUACAAAACAGGCGGAGACAGCUCAGCUGCAGGAGGCUGAGGCCUUGGCAGAGGUGCUAGACCCUGAAGGACGCGAGGCACGCUCCCCGCGUCGCUGUGUACGGCUGCAAGAGUCCUGUCUGGGACACCAGGUACCAUGCUGCGACCCAUGUGCCACGUGCUACUGCCGUUUUUUCAACGCCUUCUGCUACUGCCGCAAGCUGGGUACUGCCAUGAACCCCUGCAGCCGUACCUAGCUGGCAGACGUCGGGUCGGGGAUGGGACAAGGGGGCGUGAAUAAAGGAUGGGACCAACCAC